CACCAGGCGGGGCUGGGACCAGAGCGCCGCCGCUGCCACCACCGCACGAGCGGUGCUGCUCUGCAGAGCCGGACGGGGAGCGGGGCCCCGACUGGGAGUGGGGGGGGGGCCGUGGCCCUCUCUCCACCUUCUCCCACCAUGAGCCAGGGAAGUCCUGGGGCCUGGGCCCCCCUCGAUCCCACCUCUGGGCCCUCAGCGUCCCCAAACCCGUUUGUGCAUGAGUUACACCUCUCCGGCCUCCAGAGGGUUAAGUUCUGCCUCCUGGGGGUACUGCUGGCCCCAAUCCGAGUGCUUCUGGCUUUUAUCGUCCUCUUUCUCCUCUGGCCCUUCGCAUGGCUCCAAGUAGCAGGUCUCACUGAGGAGCAGCUUCAGGAACCAAUUACAGGAUGGAGGAAGACUGUAUGCCACAACGGGGUUCUUGGUCUGAGCCGCUUGCUAUUUUUCCUGCUUGGCUUCCUUCGGAUCCGAGUUCGAGGCCAGAGGGCCUCUCGCCUCGAAGCCCCCGUCCUGGUCGCCGCCCCCCACUCUACUUUCUUCGACCCGAUCAUCCUGCUACCCUGUGACCUGCCCAAGGUUGUGUCUCGAGCUGAGAAUCUUUCUGUGCCUGUCAUCGGAGCCCUUCUUCGAUUCAAUCAAGCCAUCCUAGUCUCCCGGCAGGACCCUGCUUCCCGCAGAAGAGUAGUUGAAGAGGUCAGGAGGCGGGCUACCUCAGGAGGCAAGUGGCCUCAGGUACUAUUUUUUCCUGAAGGUACCUGUUCCAACAAGAAGGCCCUGCUGAAGUUCAAACCAGGAGCCUUCAUCGCAGGAGUGCCUGUGCAGCCUGUCCUCAUCCGAUACCCCAACAAUCUGGACACCACCAGCUGGGCGUGGAGGGGCCCUGGAGUGCUCAAAGUCCUCUGGCUCACAGCCUCUCAGCCUUGCAGCAUCGUGGAAGUAGAGUUCCUCCCUGUCUAUCAACCCAGCCCUGAGGAGAGUAAGGACCCCACCCUUUACGCCAACAAUGUCCAGAGAGUCAUGGCACAAGCCCUGGGCAUUCCAGCCACUGAAUGUGAGUUUGUAGGGAGUCUCCCUGUGAUUGUGGUGGGCCAGCUGAAGGUUGCACUGGAACCACGGCUCUGGGAGCUGGGAAAGGUACUACAGAAGGCCGGGCUGUCCCCUGGCUGCGUGGACAUGGGGGCAGAGCCAGGCCGAAGUCGAAUGGUCAGCCAGGAGGCAUUUGCCCAGCAGCUACAGAUCUCAGAUCCUAAGACGGUGGCUGGUGCCUUCAGCUACUUCCAGCAGGAUGCCAAGGGUUUGGUGGACUUCCGAAAUGUGGCUCUUGCCCUAGCAGCCCUGGAUGGGGCCAGGAACCUGGAGGAGCUGACUCGCCUGGCCUUUGAGCUCUUUGCUGAAGAGCAGGCAGAAGGACCUGGUCGCCUGCUGUACAAAGAGGGCUUCAGCACCAUCCUGCACCUGUUGCUGGGUUCACCCCGCCCUGCUGCCACGAGUUUGCAUGCCGAGCUGUGCCAGCCUGGAUGCAGCCAAGGCCUCUCCCUCUGUCAAUUCCAGAGCUUCUCCCUCCACGACCCUCUGUAUGGAAAGCUUUUCAGCACCUACCUACGCCCCCCACACAAGCCUCGAAGCACCUCCCAGAUACCAAAUGCCUCAUCCCCCAGUGACCCCACUGCCCUGGCCAACGGGACUGUACAAGGCCCCAAGCAGAAGGAUGACUGAGCACCUCAGCCCCCCAACUUUCUUCUCAGCUCAAGUCCAGCCCUGCUCUCAGGACAGUGCCAGUGGCCUACCCUAUGCCUCAGUCCCAUCUCUGCUCCUGUUUGAUUUUUUU